GACGCGUGAAAGUCAGUGGCAUCGAAAAAAACUAUUUAAUUACAAAAUACUAUAAAUCAAUUAAGAUAAUAUAAAAAUCAUGUGUUCAAAUGAAAAACAAUUCUUCGGCCCCUUAACUUUACAUCAAAAAAGUGAAAAACAAUCUGUUUUUAAGUGUGAAAAACCGACAGAAUGUGCCUGUAUUUUGUGCGAUGAAAUAUUCUCGUUACCGUCUUCUGAGAAGCAGUUUCUAACACAUUUGUUUAUGGAACAUCGUUUAGUUAUAGCUGAUGUAAACGAAAUCGCUGACUUCAGAAGCUAUAUGAAGUAUUGGAAACAAAGAUUUAAAGAUCAAAAUUUGCCAUAUUAUUGUACAACAAUGCUUCUUGAUAACAAACCAGAUGGAACUAAGUCUAAAAAUGAAGAAUACUUUCUUCUAAGCGAUGUUUUACCUGAAGACAAAGAAGUACGGGAAAAUAUUAGACAGAGUAAAUUAGAAUUUCUAUUAGAAAGGCAUACAUUUGAAAGAGAGGAUAAAAAUUACUCAAAAGAGUGCCUUUUUUGUCGAUAUGUUUCAAAUGGUACCAGAGCAAGCUAUUUAAAUCAUUUGUAUGAGAAACAUAAUUUUCAUAUUGCAAAGCCUGAUAAUUUAAUAUUAGUGGAUGACCUGGUGGAUUUAAUAGCUUCGAAAUUAGAAAAACUUCAUUGUAUAUUUUGUGAAGGUUUAUUCAAAGAUCGCACAAUUCUAAAAGAGCACAUGAGAAAGAAAGGACAUAAACGAAUAAACCCAGCAAAUAAAGAAUAUGAUAAAUUCUUCUUAGUCAACUAUGCUAGUGAUAAACAUACUGUGCCUACUCAAAGAUUGAAUAAACCAAAUACAUCGAAGUACCAUUAUAAUGCUAAUAAAGAAGAUCAUGAGCAGAAUUCAAACAUAGAUAGUGAUCCAGAAUGGUCAGAGUGGACUGAAGAAAAUGGACCUUUGAUUACUUGCCUCCUUUGUGAUCACACUGAAAUGGAGUUUGAGAAUAUUCUAGAUCACAUGGAAAGAAAACAUGAAUUUUCCUUUUCAAAAGCGACCUCUGGUUUUGAUUUUUAUCAUAAAAUAAAAAUUGUCAAUUACAUCCGACGUCAAAUACAUUUAAAACAGUGUCUGUCUUGUGAAACAAAGUUUGACGAUUCAAGAAAUUUGGAAAAGCAUUUAAAGGAAAUGAAACAUUGGAUUCUGCAUAAGGAGAAGUGGGACCAACCUGAAUAUUACUUUCCGACUUACGAAGAUGAUUUGUUCCUGUGUUUUAUUCAUGAUGAAGAUGAAAGUUGGUGGUCCAGUGACGAGCAGGAAGUCGAAAACCAGAAUAAUAUGUGUGAUAGUAUUUCAAAAGAAAUGGCACUAUCUGUUCUAAGUGAUUAAAGCAUAAUCUAUAAAAAGUUUUUAAAAUUUAUAUCUUCUAAUAUCUAUCUUAUAUUUAUGAUUUAGUAUUUUCAACAAAAUCAAUCUGUUGAUGUAUAAAGAAUAAUCAAUAAAUAUCAGUGAAAGUAUUUAUGUAUAAAUGUGUAUAGAUUAAUAUAGUCUUAAAUAAUGCUUAACUACAAAAAUUACUAAACCAAUUUACAUAAAAAAUUAUACUAGAAGCAUUUCUUAGAAUGUUAUAAAUAAUAUUAUUAAAUAAUUAUUCAUCUAUUUCAAAUUUAGAAUAUUUGAAAAGCGAUGUGAUGUGUUAAGUGUGAAUUUCAAGUUAUUAUUAAUAAAUUUAAAUAAGAUAAUAGUUAUUAUGAAAGACUUUAUUGAUAGAUUAUGAAAGCAAUACUUUUGUUUCAAGCUAGUUAUUUCUGGAUUUUGUGAACAAACUAUUAACCAGUUGUAACUGGAUAUUAAUAAGCAAUCUAAGACGCUGGUGUAAAUGAAGGUUGUAAAAGUAAUUAAUGUUUUUGAAGUAUAGUGUGUAUAAUAAGUAUGGCUGUUACAAUUAAAUAUAUUUUGCUUACUUGAAAAAUAUAUUUAGUUGACAAGCAAAAUUUAUUUUUGUAAGUUCUCUUAGUUUAGUAAAAUAAACUACAAAUCUGGCAUUAAAAAGAUUUUAUGUCAUUAAUGAGAAAAAUAAAAGGAAAAACAAUAACUGUUUUUAAAAA